ACUCAUAUAUUGCUUCCACAUAAACUCACAUCUCUACAUACUCUUCUCAAAAGCUUUCUUUGAUCAAUUCUCUCCUUCUUAAGUUAACCAACCAAAAACUCAAAAUACAAAAAAAAAAAUCGAGAGUUAAUUAGACUAAAAAUGGAUCAGAAUUUGCCAGUAACCGCAAAAAAGUUCUGGAAAAUAGUCCGAGUAGCUUUUUUCAUGCUAAGGAAAGGCUUAUCAAAGAGAAAGUUAAUGUUUGAUCUCAAUUUAUUAAUGAAGCGUGGCAAAAUUGCAGGUAAAGCCGCCAUUCAAAACCUCAUGUUCCACCAUGAUAAUAAUACCUAUGGCCACCAAUGUCCUUCCUCCACCUCAUCUUCCAAAGACUACUACGAAUUCAGCUGCAGUAACAGCCCUGCUUUUCACCUUCCCUUUAACCUCAACAAGCGCAAUAAGCACAGUCAUCACCAUGCACCUGCAACUGACGACGACGUUUUAAUGGUGAACACUGCUGUUUUGAAGGCGUUGGAGAUGAUUCAGAGUGAAACGGCGUCACCUGCUUUGCCUGGAUUUGGGAGAACUCCUACGGUGAGGCAAUUAAGGGUAACUGAUUCGCCGUUUCCUCUUAGAGAUGUUGAGGGUAACAGUCACGUAGAUGAGAAAGCUGAUGAAUUCAUUUCAAGAUUCUACAGAGAUUUGAGACGAGAAGCUUCUGCUUUUGCUUAAUUUUUUUUUUUUUCCAAAAAUGUUGAGAGUUCAUGCAUAAUUGGUGUUGUAAUGGAAAUUUUGUCGCUUCCAUUAUGUCUCUAUGAAUUUUUUUCCAUUAUGUCUC